UCUCUCUCUCUCUCUCUCUCUACACGCUUGGCUUCUCCAUCCCUUUCCUUUCCCUUCAUCCUUUUCAUUUUUUUCCCCUCCUUAGGUUUUCUGCAAGUACUUACAGUCUAAAUUAUGGGGAUUUCUUACCCUAGUCACAAAUAUCAACUCCUUGGCUAAUUGAGUUUCUGUUGUUUUUUUAAUUGACACUUUGGUAUAGCCUUCUUAAGAUCUCUCUAUGUGGUACCAAAGCAUAUAGAGCUGUUGAAGCAUGGGAGAUGGUUCCAGUUUCUCUUUCAUACCGGGCUGAUGAAGGAUGGUUUGGUGCAGUUCCAUUUAGCAGUGUCCUGCAGGCCUUUUCUUGUGGCUCUUUUUCUUCUUCCUUUUUUUAGAAAAUAAAUAUUGGAAUCUUAAUGAUAUUUGUUUAGUGCACAUAGUAUCAUCAUCCUACUUCGUUUCUUCAUCUUUUUCAUAUGUUCUUGAUGUAGAAUUGUGGUAUGUCCAUCAUAGAUCGAUGCAUGUUAGUUUUUGGUUGGUUAUGCUUCAAUUAUUCGAUCUUUAUAUUGUAGUGGAGACUAAAACAUAGAUCUCCUUCGAGUGGUGGAGCUCUAUCUCCCCUUUUAGCCCAUCCAAGUUUUUUUUUUUUUCCCGUCUCCAGCUGAAAUUAAAGCAAUUUGAUGAUGAAAGGGUUGGGAAUCCAACAUCACCAAGCCGUGGAUGACAACAUGUCCAACCUCUCUUCUGCAUCUGGUGAAGCCAGUGUCUCUCCAAACCAGCAGUCCUCUUUUGCCACUCCAAACCCAAAUCCAGUCAAGAAGAAGAGGAGCCUCCCAGGAAACCCAGACCCGGAUGCUGAAGUGAUAGCGCUGUCCCCCAAGACGCUGAUGGCAACCAAUAGGUUUCUGUGUGAGAUCUGCGGCAAAGGUUUCCAGAGGGACCAGAACCUGCAGCUCCACAGGAGGGGUCACAACCUCCCAUGGAAGCUGAAGCAGAGGAGCAGCAAGGAGGUGAGGAAGAAGGUGUACAUCUGCCCGGAGGUCACAUGCGUGCACCAUGAUCCCUCCAGGGCUCUCGGGGACCUCACCGGGGUCAAGAAGCACUUCUGCAGGAAGCACGGGGAGAAGAAGUGGAAAUGCGACAAGUGCUCCAAGAAAUAUGCUGUUCAGUCUGACUGGAAAGCCCACAUCAAGAUCUGCGGCACGAGGGAAUAUAGGUGUGACUGUGGAACACUCUUCUCAAGAAGGGACAGCUUUAUCACCCACAGAGCCUUCUGUGAUGCAUUGGCUGAAGAGAGUGCGAGAUCUAUCACAGCAAACACCGUGGCUGAUCACCGUCCAUCGCUGGGCUGUCAGCCCACGGAAUCCCAUGCCUCCUCUACCCUUCCAAAUAUUAGUGUGCAAGGAGCCCAGUUCCCGCACCUCAUGACAGCCACAGAGGCCAGCGCUAGCACUGCAAGCAGUCAGGGUCUCCACGAGCUCACACUAAAAGGAGAGCACCAGCAUCAGGACUUCAACAUGAGACCAGACAAUAUCCUACCAUGGGUAGCCUACCAAGGCCCUGGCCCACUACUGGACCUCCCUCCCGCUAUUUACUCGACAAGGUUCGGACCUGAGUUCCGGAAUGAGAACCAACCCCCAAACCCUCCUCUAUACCAAACCUCAGCAGCCACCCCUCAGUUGUCAGCCACUGCACUGCUUCAGAAGGCAGCUCAGAUGGGUGCAACCAUGAGUAGACCUCCAAACAGUGAUCGGAUGGCAGCUCACACCACCAGUGCUGCUGGUUUUGGCCUCGGCUUGUCUUCACACCAAGAGAUGUGUGGGGGUGGGGGUGGGGAUGGAGGUGGUGGUCAUUUGCUCAAAGAUAUGAUGAUGGCUUCUAUGUCAUCACCUCCUGGUCUUGGUGGAGGAUCUUUCGAGGGAGCCUUGGGUGGGAUUCUGGGCUUGAAGAGAGAGGGCAGUGGUGUUGAGGGUCUCACAAUAAGCCAUGGAAGGAAUGAGGGAGGAGGAGGUCGCGGUGGAAAGGAUGGAAUGACGAGAGACUUCCUGGGUCUCAGGAACUUCUCCCAUAGGGAGAUUCUCAACAUGGCUGGGCUGGACCCAUGCAUGGCCUCCUCUUCCUAUGAGCAGCUACAAGAGAACAAGGAGACAUGGCGUGGGUAGUUUACUCAAAUGAAACUGGUAUGAAUGGCUUUUACUUUCUUUUUAAACUUUUCAUGGGAAAAGCUUCUGUCUUCUUCCCAAAGGGAGGAAUCUUUGUUUCUAUGUCUUUGUUUUUACUAAGUAGAUUCCCUCAUAUAUAAGCUAUAUCCUGUGGCACUUUAAUUUACACUUGUUGCUAUAUAAAUGUGCCUGAUAAAUAAUAAUCUUCCUCAUGUGCUUCUAUGCUGAAGAUAAA